AUGUCGCGGUACAACAAUUACAACAGCAGCAGCAACAACAACAAUAACUCUUACUACGAUCCAGUAGGGAGUCAGCAGAACCAGCCGACGGGGUAUACGUACGGCUCGAACACGAGUGCUGCGCCAUCGUACGCAACUCCUGCUUCCACCACCUAUGCGACUGGCCCUAGUAGUGCCGCAUAUCAAGGCUAUGGGAGCAGUAGUUACAACGAUCAGCAGCAGUAUGCGUCGGCGAAUGCGGGUGCGGGUAGUAGAGCGGCAGCAACCAGCAUGACUGGACAAGACUUCAACCAACAGCCAACUACGGGGAGGGCAGGCCAGAACUAUGAUGGCUCGGCAUGGACUGCUGCAAAUUAUGGUUAUGCCGACAAUGUACAGAUGCCAAACAGAACCCAAACCAAUACCUUUGGCCGUGUGAGCGCACCGGAACCGACGCAGACUGCAGCGACGUCCCACGCCGGCCAGACCUACCAGAACACGUCGAGGCAGACAAACAAUGCCACACCGAGCACUGCAAGCUACAGUGCGGGCUAUAACGCAACGCCACAAUCUCAGCAACCUCAACGGUACAACAGCCCACUUCAUGCGGUCCAAGCUCAAGGGCAUCACAAGCAGAGCUCUAGAACUUCCAAUCAUCACGAGCCGUCCCCUCGUAUAUCUGCAAAUUUAGCAGCGCAAGCGAACAGGCAAGAUAGCGCAUCAGUGGAGCCGCAGCAAGCCACGACAAUGACUGUGAAUCCCGCUCAAGUUUACGACGACACUGCCGAGUGGAGAAGAAAGGCGCAAGUUGAGGCAGAGCGAAGGCGAAAGCGCGAGGAAGAACUAGCAGCAAGGAAGGCGGAAGAAGAUCGCAUAGCCGCUGAGAAGCGAGAUGUCGAGGAGGAACAGCAGAAGGCGGCUGAAGCUGAGGCAACUGCAAAGAAAGCCGAGGUCGACAACAGGAAGGCGGAACAGCGCAAGAAGGCUCGUGAAGAGAAGAAGCAGAGCAAAAGUGCGGCCAACGCUCUCCAGAGGAUGGCUUCGGGCUCCACUUUUGAUGCAAUGGACGAGGAGGCGCCACCAGCUAAUGCUGAAGAAGCUGAGAUGCGUGCGAUGUUCAAGAAGAUGCGCGAAUUCAAUUCGAAGAAUCCCGCCAUGCUCGCGAAGCUAUGGGAAGAAGAGCGGAAGACGCAUGCCUCACAGUCGCCAUCUCAAUCAUCGAAGACGCCUGCUGGUCCUAGUUCAGCUCUACCAGCAGCGAUUAGUGCAACACCUGCAAAUGGUGCUGGUAGUGCUCGUCCAUUCCAAAACCCGCCAAAGCCUACGCCAGCGAAGGCGACCCCAUCCUCGUCCAAGGGCAAAUCUGCAACUCCACGAAGUCCUGCUACACCCAGCGUCGCGAACGCAAAUACAUCGCUUUGGCCACCCCAUAAGAAGGGAGCCCUUGCCGAAUCUGCUGCGAAAUGGAUGACUGGCCUGCCCGAGAAUGCAGGCAAGAUUGUGGCAGGCGCAGCAAUCCUUGCCAUCCUGGACAAGAAUCCAUCGUAUGUGCAGCUUUGCGAAGCUCUCGAAUUGCUAGGAUUACGAUUCGAGCGAUCUUCGCUUGCUCGUGAGUUGCUCAAGGCAGUGCCGGAGGGCAUGAAGGCACAAACAGUGCCGGCGGCGCCGUUGGCAAAUGUGAGUGGUACUGCGGCGCCGGUCAAUGGUCAGCCUGCGAAAAAGAAGCAGGGUAGGCCGAAGAAGGAUGCAUUAGCAGCAGCGCCAACGACAGUCAUUUACGAGGCUCCCACAUUCACCUCAUUGUCGGAUGCUGCACGUGAGGUCAACAGCAUGGAUCGCAAUGCGGGUCAGGCUCCUACGGCUACGAUGGGUGGACCUGUCCAGUCUCCUGCGCGUACGAACGCGCAUCCUGCAGCUAUAAACGCAGCGCCGCCAACAUUCUUCCCACCUGGUGCAUCGGCCCACUACACAAGGCCUCAAUCUGACCCCAUACCACCUGCAGAGAUCAAGCCCGAGAUCAAGCCCGAGGAGCCUCCAAGACCGCCUGCGAACAAGGAAGAGGCUGCUCGUAAGCGUACUUUCAGCGAUCUGGUUGACCUGACCGCUGAAAUGUCCGACGACGAUGACGUGGCGCCCCCGAAGAAGAUGAUAUUCCAGAUGCCACCUGCUCAACCAGCAGCUCAGCCGCAACCCGUGCCGUCCAACGGCCCACCAAGUCUGUCACAGCCGAUCAAUGCCAACGAUUUCUACAAGCGACCAGCCCCGCUACUCAACUCAAUGUCGGCAGGUGUACCACAGCCUGCCGUACCGUGGGGUGCCAUGCCUCGAGCUCAUAUUCCACCAAAUGUGAUUCCAACCCCAGAAAUGCAAUCAUUACUGCCACCACUAGCACCAAUGACGAAAUCGAAAGGGCCUUCUCUUGAACACAAGCAACAUGAACGCAUCAAGGGAUGUAUGCUUGUCGAGCCCAUCAUGCGUGAUCGUGUAGCGCGCAAGAACAGGUACGAUGUACGCUCUAUUGCUCGCGACGUGCUUCUUGCUACUGGCCGCCAUCCGGACAUGCGUGGCCUCAACUCCCAUCUCAACCCUAUGCUCAAUCUCCUAGGUCAUCAUGGUGGGUCAUUCGAGCUCGAUGGACAGCGUGGUAACAGGAGUGAUCUGUCGACUAUACGCUGGGACAUUAUCGACCCUGAAGUGGCAGCGCCCACAGCCGCAGCAACAGAAGUCAAGAGGAACAACACUGUUGCCCUUUUCACUGAUGAUGCCGCUGAUGCCGAUGAUGAGGAAGAUGUUGCACCUACGCGUGUGGUACAGCAGUCGGUCGAGAACGGCGAUGGUACUGUCAGCUACCACUUUGUCAACCAGCAGGCCGGUCAACGGCCCAAGAAGAAGAUUGGCCGACCACGGAAAGUGAGGCAGAGCAUGCCAGGAUUUACCACUGCAGCAACUGUUCCAGGGCGCGGCAACGUCGGUACGCCUGUCCGCCAGGUUGCUCCAGGCCAGCAGACGACACCCGCGUCAGCGCCAACCGGCCAAGCUGUAGGCUACGCAGCCUUCCGACAGGUCGACGAGAACGGCAAUGUGGUCAAGAAGAAAGGCCGACCAGUAGGUUGGCGGAAAGCCGUCCACUCCCGCGAAGCGCAAGGUCUUACUCCGCCGAAACCUGGCGCACAGCGGGCACCUCACAAGAAAGACACGGCCGCUGGAAAGCCUUUGGUCGAAGCACAACCGCAGAUCUGGUACUGUCUCUGGAAGGACUGCAACGCUCAGCUCCACAACCACGAUACGUUGAAGAAGCACGUCGUGAAAGUCCAUGGCCGUGCGAACGACCAUAGGCAAUUCGAAUGUUGGUGGCAGGCUUGCGAAAGCGUUGGUGCUGGGAAGGGGAAAGGGAGGAGUACAGAUGAUGGUGUGGCGAGUUUCGUGGACUUGACGGGUUGGUUGGCACAUAUUAAUGAGAAGCACUUUAAGCCGCUGGCUUGGGAGCAGGGCGAUGGUCCUAGGGCUGGUACAUCAGACUAUAACGCCGCUGACUCGGACGCCUAUUUAUCCGACGCACAAGGGAGAUCCGUGACACCUAUCAUCAAGCCUUUUGAAGAGAUGUCUACUCUUCCCGAAGCUGGCUCACGUGUUGUCCCUGCGCCACUGAAUAGGGCGGGGCCGAGUUUGACCAUGGAUGAUAAGAAGGCUAAGGCGGAGUUGGAUGGGCUUGUCAGGCAUAAGAGGGUUGUUGGGGUUCUGCUGGAGAAGGGUGGGAGCACGUUUGCUAAUGCUAAGAGGAGAGCUGGGUUCUUGGAUGAUGAGGAUUUUGAGGAUGAGGUUGAGAGUGAGGGUGUGCAGGAUGAAGGCGAUGGAGAAGAUGUAGGUGUUUGA